AUGGUGUCAUCAAGAUCCGCCGAUGGCAGAGACGGGCAGGCCGGGAGUGUGGGCAGCGCGGGCGGCGGUAGCAUGGGUAUGAUGGGCGCGGCGAGUGCCUCCCCUCCAGGGAGCGCCAAUGGAUCCAAGCAAAGGAAGGGCAAGUCGCGCCGCAAAAACGUAAGCGAGGACGACCAAGAAGAGGCGGCGGCAGCGAUGAGAGCUCACACAGUCGCAGGAGACGCCGACGCCGGGAUCGCGAACGAGAGCGUCGCGGGCGUCGCAGUGGGCGCUCAAAAGCUCAAGAGAAAGAAAGAUCUCGCACGCCAGUGCGAUUGCCGGAGGUGGACCGGUUCAUCGACGAAAAUCACAUCAAUUCUGAAGCGGCUCUCAAGAUCCGAGCUUUGA